AAAAACUAUUUUUGAUAUGCCAAAAAAAAAAAGUACUCUAACACAUUUUUGUGUAAUUAAAAUGCUCUUUUAUGUAUACUUUAUAUGGAUGUUAUUGAUUAUAUUUUAUUGUCUUUUUCAUAUAUUAAACAUGUCAAACUACACUUUCUACUACUACUUUUCCAUUCCCUCUUAGAUAAUUCCUCUCUUAUCAUCGACAAAAAAAAAA